GGGCCAAAUUUGUUAAUGACUCUGGGAAAGUGUUACUUACAUUAUGAGUUUUUCAUUACAAAUAAGGAAAGAUUAAUUGCUUUAACCAAAACACAGAAAUUCUACCCUGUUAAACAUUUUCUAAGUAAAUUUAAGGACACUGAUGUUAGCUGCUGUUUUUUUUUUCAAAUUAUACAUAAAUGUAAGUCGUCUUACCAAAAAGACAUUUUCUCAGUAGUCUUACAAGAAUUUCUAUUAUUUUCUACCAUUCUACCAUUUUCAAUUUCUACCAUACAAACUAACAAUAAUAGAAAAGCUUCAAAAACUCUUUUCUAUCUUCAUCAUCUUUGAAUAAAGUGGUUUGAGUGAAUUAAAUAAUGUAGAAACAACAAAUACGGUACGGCUGUGCUGAUCAUUUUUUGUACAUUAUUUACAAGCCUGUUUCCAAACCAGCAUGCAGGUUAUAUAAAAUACAACUAAGCCAAAUUAAGUAAGAUUUAAUUUAAUCAUAUUAUUAUGAAUGGUAAUAUUUAUUACAGUGGAGUUUCAGGCUUGAUUUCCUGGAAACAGUGGGCAGCUGUGCUGCCCCUCAUAACCAUCUGAGCUCCACCCACUUAUCUUUAAUUCUGGGAAACAGUUUCAUAACACAGGAUGUGUUUUCUCAGAGGAGUAAACUAUAAAAACACACAGCAAAAUGUGAAAAAACAACUGAAAAACAACCUUUUUUCUAGUAAAACAGAAUAGAUCUCAUUUGAUUACCUUCACACAAAUUACUAUCUUUACAAUAUGUCUGCAAAUUUUAUUAAUGAGUAGUUUAUUCCUUUAUUUAGUAAUUCAUGGAUUUAUAAGUUGGGCACUUUUGUAAAUGCAAUUGUUAAAUGCUGUAGAUCAGUUUAAACAAGAUUUGUUUGUAAUAUAAUAUCUGUAAAAAGUUAUUCUAGUUACCAAUAAUUCUGUGACAUGACUGCAUUAACUGCAUACGUUUUUCCAGAAUAUGAAGACCACUGAUUGUUUAUUACAAUAAUGUAUGUUAACAUAAAAUAUUUUAAUAAAUACACAGGUCAAUCUCAUAUUCAGAAACAAGAAUGUCCAGUACCGUCAUACCCACAAACUCUGGGACGCUGGUCAUCCAGUUUCAGCCAUCAGAACAAACGGCACCAGCUGAAAGAGGGACAAAUGCUCCAGUGAAUGUUCAUAUCCCACAGGCAGCUUCACUUCCUCAAGGACUUCAUGCAUUUCUGAAAGGACAACCAAAAGCACUUGGGAUUAUCCAGAUAAUGAUCGGCCUGCUGAUUCUCCUGCUUGGCAUUGUGUGUACAGUCGGUGCAAUAUCCAUCUUUGUCUCCAGUGGUAUUCCUUACUGGGGAUCUCUUAUCUACAUUAUCGCAGGAUCACUGAGCAUUGCUGCAGAAAAUGCACUCCAUGGCAAAGGCACCUCCAGUAUGUGUUUGGUGAAAGGUUCACUUGGAAUGAGCAUCAUAAGUGCUAUAACUGCAGGCAUUUCCAUUAUUAUACUUUCACUGGAUUUGUCCGUAGGACGACUGAACAUUUACUGCUAUGAUUAUGACUGUUCCUAUUUGGAGGUCAACUAUAGGACACUCUUUCUGGGGAUAUCUGGUGUGACUUUGGUAUUCACUCUCCUUGAGUUCAUCAUCUCCAUCUGUCUGUCAGCAUUUGCCUGUAAAGCCAACGCCUGCUGUUCUUCUCAGGUGCUGAAUGUUCACCAUGUUGUAAUUCCACAGUCCCAUCAGACACAUAAUCUUAACCAGUCAGAGGUUCCUCUGGUCAGCGUCUCUUCCAUGCCUCUUCAUCCUGCAGAAAAUCCCCCACAAUACAGUGAAUGUUCUGCUCCUAAAUAUGAACCUUAAAAAGUGAGACAAAACUGUGGUCCUGCUGUUGAGUUUUAUGCUUUUACAGUGAUUUACUGUCCUGAUUUAUCUCUGCCAGUGGAGUAAAGUAUUUCUUUUUGGAUACUUUGUAGUUUUACUGAGUAUCGAAGAUAUUUGCAACUUUUAUUCUCUGCUUGACUACAUUUUUGAAAUGUACAUUUUACUCCAAUACAUUUGAGUAAUGCAGUUACACAUAUUUUGCAUGGCACCUAACUUUUUCUGCAGCAGUUUGUUUCUGCUAUAGAGAAGCGAUAUCGCCAUCUACAGGGCAUUGAAGGUACAGUACUAUAUAUUGUGCAUUUUGCCUUUACUCACCCAAACUAGUCAAGAAAGUUACUUUAGGUGAAUGUGAGAGCAUUAGCAGGUAGUUGCUGAAUUGCAGGUGUUUAAGAGACGAGGUCAUGACCGCACUGGUGAUGAGGCAGAAACCAGCACAUCCAGUGCAAGAAGGCUUUGACUAAUUAAUUUUUUUCUUUAUUUUAUUUAUCCUUUAUAUCGAAGAGACAUGGCCUUUUUGUGAAGUUGAGGUUAACUGAGACUUGAGAGUUUGUAGACGUUUAAGAGGCUGUUGUGUUGACCUUGAUUUAUUGCAAUAUUGAGGUGUUCAGUUUUAUUUUGACUUGAGAAAAUAAACAUGAUAUCUCA